GCCGCCCCUCUGUCGGGGGGAGGCCCCGCGGCAUUCCUCUGCAGAUGUCCGCCCCGGUCGGGGGAAGCGCCGCCAUGCGCGGAGCGGCGGCGGCGUUCGGAGGACGUGCUGGUGGAGCUGUGGAUCGAGCAGCACGCGCGGCUCGUGGAAGUGGGCGAGCGAGAGGCCGCCAGGGAGGCGUACAGAGGCAUCAUGGAGGUCUGGUGGUGAUCACGUUUCUGCUCUUCACGGGCUUCCUGCUGACCAAGCCCAACAUCCCCGCGUGGUGGAUCUGGAUGUACUACGUCAACCCGCUGCAGUACGGCGUCACCGCCAUCUGCAUCAACGAGUUCCUCUCGGGCUCCUACAACGAGGUCAGUGGUCCGUAGUGUGUUGUUGUGUGUAUUGUGU